GUUAAAGUUCCACGUAAUUUUCGCUUGUUGGAAGAACUUGAAGAGGGUCAGAAAGGUGUCGGAGAUGGGACAGUCAGCUGGGGCCUUGAAGACGAUGAAGAUAUGACGCUAACGCGGUGGACGGGCAUGAUCAUCGGACCGGCACGAGUAAGUGUGACUGCAGCAGGAGUAAGUAAGAGACAUCUGCGCACCACAUGACUGUGUUAGCCAGCUGAGCUAAAGUAACAAAAGUCUCAGGCAAGGUUACACAGCACUCAAGGUUUGAUUACCGAACCACCUCUGUAACAUAAGCACCUCGCCAUGCCAUUUCCACCAUGAAGUGGACAUGUAAUAGUUGUGUGUUCUAAGACCACGCUUUGGCAAAAUGUUGUUGUUGAAAAUGCUUUAAAAAAAUAACCAUUAAGUCAAGACAGGCACAGUAACGAACAUAGCUCAUCACCUUUACCCUUACCCGGACCAAGCAAUGUUUGUUUCUGUGUUUUGUUUUCCAGACUAAUUAUGAGAACAGGAUAUACAGUCUGAAAGUGGAAUGUGGUCCUAAAUAUCCUGAAUCACCUCCAAUUGUUAGAUUUGUAACAAAAAUUAGCAUGAAUGGCAUAAAUAAUUCCAAUGGGAUGGUAAGUAAUAUCACAUUUACAUUUUUCGCUCUUACAAAUGAUAUAGGCCUAAAUAUGUUGUUGAAUUAUUAGUGUACAUAUGUUUUUGGUAAACCUAGUGCAUAGUGCUCAUCAAAGGAUGAUCACUAAUUUGCCUCUCUCCUCUCUUUCUCUCUCAGGUGGAUACACGUAGCAUACCAAUUCUUUCUAAAUGGCAAACUUCUUAUAGCAUUAAAGUUGUUCUUCAAGAGUUAAGGCGUCUAAUGAUGUCCAAAGAGAAUAUGAAACUUCCACAACCACCAGAAGGACAAACCUACAGUAAU